UAUCGCUCGGCCAAGCCGUUUCUCGUGUAUCUACUAGUUGUAGUGGCCUACUAGGACCUUCUCUCGAAAGCAAAAGGAAGCUGCAGUAGUAAAAGUGCCCCUUCUAUCUAUUAUACGUGUACAAUUUAUUGAGCUCAAAGUUUAAUUAGUGGUGUCUCUCCCCUUUCCGAAAGCGCCAGGAUUUUGGGUACAGUAAAAGGAGUAACGCCGAAAAACUGUUUGUUGUGUAAAAAAAUCGUCUUCGGAAGAGUUUUAAAUUUCCGCAGAAAAAUCAUCCAGUGAUUGUGAAAAUUGAAAGUGCUCUCUACUGUCGCAAGUGUGUCCUGUUUGAACAAACAAAGGAUUUUCCUGAAAGUGAUUCCGCGCCUGAACAUCUCUACUCAAAGAACAAACCAGGGAGUCAAAGUCGUUUUCCUUCAAUGCAUCAAUAGUGUACAAUUCGGAAAAGGAAGUUUUAAGGUGGAUCACACUGCAGCGCGAAACGGUUUUUGCAUAUAGCUGCCCAGUCGUCAGUGAUUGCUUUGUUCGAACGGAAAAAUCGUUGGCAAGAACACAUCGCCACACACACGGUCUACUUGGAUUACGUCGAGCUCGUGGUAAAAGUGUCUGCCUAGGAGUAUUAAAAAAAACCUGUUCCAGUUUUUGUUUUUUGAAAAAAGUGCCAAAAACGAGCGACAUAUUAGUCUGAUCGUGGUGCUGUGUGAUCUACAUUGGAGCAGUUCCCUCCCACCCGCCGCCCAGCAAGGCGUCCUGGAAUCGUCGCCGUAAGAGUGGCAGCAGUUUUUGCUGGUUUCGUACAAUUUUAACAGAAAGAUGGAUCUGAUGAACAGCGUGUACGGAGGAUGGCGGUACCUGAUGGAUGAACUGUCAGAUCCCCGCACUAAUGAUUGGCCGUUUAUGAGUUCACCGUUCCCGACAAUUGCCAUUAGUUUGACAUAUGCCUAUAUCGUUAAGGUCCUCGGUCCCCGGUUGAUGGAAAACAGAAAACCAUUCGAGCUACGCAAAGUACUGAUCGUCUACAAUGCAAUUCAGGUCGCCUUCAGCAUAUGGCUCUUCUAUGAGGCUUGCGUAGCGGGAUGGACGGCAGGAUACAGUCUACGGUGUCAACCGGUUGACUAUUCCCGAUCAGAAAUGGGACUGAGGAUGGCCCGAGGCUGCUGGUGGUACUACUUCUCCAAGUUUACCGAGUUCUUCGAUACGUUCUUCUUUGUGAUGCGAAAGCGGUACGAUCAGGUCUCGACGCUGCACGUCAUCCACCACGGUAUCAUGCCGGUUUCCGUCUGGUGGGGAGUUAAAUUCACCCCAGGUGGCCACAGUUCGUUCUUCGGUUUGCUGAACACGUUCGUACACAUCAUUAUGUACGCUUACUACAUGCUGGCCGCCAUGGGACCAAAGGUCCAGAAGUACCUCUGGUGGAAGAAGUACCUGACCGUUCUCCAAAUGAUCCAGUUCGUCUUGGUGAUGCUGCACGCCUUCCAGCUGCUGAUCUGGAACCCAUGCAACUACCCAAUCGCCUUCGCUUACUUCAUUGGUGCCCACGCUGUGAUGUUCUACUUCCUGUUCUCCAACUUCUACAAGAAGGCGUACACGCAGCGAAAGCCCAAGAAAGAAAAGGACGAAAAACUGGCCCUGGCCAACGGAAACCUCGAGUCGGAACCAAACAAGAACAUCGAAACGUCCCCUUCGUCCCCGAUCAGCUCCAGUUUCCCCAAUGGCAAGAGCUCCAGCUUCUACCAGGCCGUCGGCAAAACCGUCGAGGACAGCUACUCGGCCACGAGGCAUCGGGUCUACGUGGGUUCGGUGAACAACUGAAGUGGGUGCCAGUCCUGCCACUGCCACCGUGCAGCAGAUUUUCCUUUCUGUGAAACCAAAAGCUAUACACUGACACGUGCGCGCGCGCUCACACGCCCAAGUUUGAAUAUUCUAAAUUUUAAUCACUCACACAGUACUAGUAGGAAACCUAUUCUGAAUUGCUGACUCUGAGUCAACGAACAUUAUUUUUGUCGUUUGCCGCUAGGUGGCACAAAUUCUAUUUCUAAAAACGGAUCUUUCCACAACAAUAGAUUUUCAUGCUUUAUAACUGGAGAGGAUUCAAGCAAUCGCUAGAGUAAAGUAAUAGCGCUGAUAAGCUUUAAAACAAAAAGGGUAGCUAAGCGAAAUGUCGCCGGAACGCACGGCAUUGAUUAAAAUCUUUGGAAGACCAUAAAAAAGCAUCGUCCGCCAAUCGUUCUUUUCCAACAGAUAGCAGCACCAGUAGCGGUGGCAACGACCUCUUGUAGCAAACGUCCGAAGGAAGCGAACGAGACUCACCGUGUUGCACUUGCUCCAAACAAUACUUCAUCUGAAAGCUACUUUUCUCUCAACACUUUACCACACAUUUGUAAUUUGCGUUAAUUUUUAGAACGAAGCUAAAAAGAACGUAAGCUACUCACUCACGAUGAAGAAUGACACACGCCGAAGUGCAUGAACAAUAGAAACUUGAAUUGCUUCUAUUUUCUUUUAUGUAAAAAUAGUUUGCAACUAUUCCACCUGCCUGGAAUGAACUUCUUUCUCUGCCGAAUAAGCAAUUGUGCUGGAUAAAAGCUGAACAAGCGGUUAGAAACCCCAAUUCAGUGCUGUUGUUCAGCAUCCAUUGUCUGUUCGGUGGCCGAUAGCUCGAACGGGAGAUCUGAGUUUCCUUCGGUUUGUGAAUUGAAAAGAGUGUGGUUUGCUACUACUGGAUCAUGAUGAUGUCGCCCCUUAUUUUUCGAAAAUACCCCUGUUAUUUUCGAAAAAUGAGAGACGACCAAAUUCAAGAAAAGGGGAAAAGUGCGACGACAAAAAGAGAGAAUCAAAAGACAAGGAACCCCAACGACGUUCGUUUACAAUUUACAGUGUACUGUUUUUUUUUUGUCUCGAGUUAGUUCAUAAGUUUCACUAGGGUAUAGUAAUUUAACUAGGAUGUAAGUGCAGAAAGCUAAGAGAUUUGUAAAUAGCUUUUAAAUUUUCAAUGUCUGUGAAAGUUGUGACACACCGUAAAAUAGGAAGAAAAAUAUCACUCCGUUCAAUGCUUUGUGUUUUAGAACUCCCUCUCUCUCUCUGUUUGGAAUGGUUUAAAUUUCUUAUCAUUUACAAACUACUUAAGAUGACUGUUUUUCUUCAACAUGCAGCAGGAUGCGAGUUCAAAUCUAGAUCAGGAAAAAGUAAGUGAAUGGAAGAUUUCUGUUUCACCUACUUACUAUUGUGGCAAUGCACAGACACACGUGGACACAUACACAACAAUCCCGAGGGUUACGCACAGUCACAGGAUUUCGAACGAGUGGAAUUAUGAGAAAAAAUUAGCCCAUGAUUUGAAUGAGACACAAGAAGAGAGGAUAAACGAGAAGUUUUUGUAGGAAGAAACAAAUAAAAAAGCCGAAUGAAAGUGGACAGUGAUUGCAAAGUGUGUAAACGACUGAUGUGCAAUACACAAUAAAACGAGGAUGACAUAAUUA